UGGCUAUUUGUAACUGAUGAUCUCAGUGUAGCUCUUCUGUGUGGAAGGUUAUAAAGUUAGUCCCUCACACGCCACUACCGAGCCAGGCGGUCAGGUUGCAGAGGAAUUAGGUGAUGUCAGUCAUAAGGGGUGCAGUAGAUGCCUUUGGGGCACUGAAUGGGGUGUUUUGUAUAUACAAACCUAAGGCCAAGCACAUGUUUCAUUUGGUCAAUGAAUUGAAGUUUAAGCUUCAUAAAGAACUAAGUCUGUUGCCAGGGCCAAUGCUAGAUAAGCGUAGAGUGACAUUACCAAGUGUCAGUGAAACCACCAACUUGCCUAUCACUGUCACACUUCCCGACUUGAGAAACCAUCCAAGAGUGAUAGGAGAUUUUGUGAUGAAAGAAGACAUCAAGAUGUCAUUUAUUGAUCCCCUGCAUAAAUAUGGCACAGGAGUCCAGUUGAUGGGUAUAGCUGAUGGGUGUGGCCAACUGCAGCGUUUGGUGAAAGCUAAGCUAGUGCAGGUGUAUCACAUUAGUGGGGAGCUGGGCUAUGCCACAGAAACUUUCUCCGAAGGUGGCCGGCUUGUUGAGAAGUCAACAUGGUAUCAUGUAAAUCGUUCAAGGCUGGAUCGUGUAAUUGCUAUGAUUCAAUCAGCCCAUCAGAAACACCAAUACCUUCUGACAGGUGUGGACAUCCAGAGUCAAGAGGCAUAUAACAUGGCCGUGUCAGGAAUGGUGAGACCCCUGUAUGAAAAAGGAAAACCCAUCAUAUACAAUGUGAAGUGUAUUGACUUCAAGCCACCUCAUUUCACAGUGGAAGUGCACUCUGUCAACGAGGACAUGAUGUAUUUAGCCAAGCUGAUCCACGACAUCGGAAUGUCUGCCAAAACAACAGCAACUUGUACGGGAAUACGGCGCGUGCGCUAUGGCAACUUCACAUUAGACCAUGCUCUUUUAAUCAAAAACUUUGAUAUUGAAAACAUCUUGGAGAAUAUAUCUCUUUGCAAGCCUCUCAUGAGUUGGAAGAAAUUACAGCCCCAGAGGAAAAUAGGUCGAUUGCAAGGUUCUCCCCGGUUGAAAAUAACAGACUCCACUCAACAGUUGUUGGGGGAUGGCCAAAAGGAACAAAUGGAGGCAAAACAUUCAGAAAAGCCAGAGGAACUAAAACAUUUCACAGACUCCAGUGAACUUAGUGAGUCAGUGACAGAUGCAGAUUUGUCAGAAACAGAUGUGGCAGAAGAAUCGGAGAAACCCUUGAUCCAUGAUCAUGAAAUUUCUGAACAAAAUGAAAAUAAAACGGAAUACAUAGAAAGUAAGCAGACAGACACAGUGGAGAAUAAUGAAAAGGCACAUUUCAGUCCCACUCAAAAUGUCAAUCAGUUUUGUGGCCCUGAGGAUUAUGCUGAGGUGAACCAGGAACCUUUAAACAGACAUAGUAAAGACAAAAGUAAUCGUGAUCAGAGGUUAGAGAACAGUCAGCAUAAAAGAAAGUUUUUUAGAAACAAUGCUCCAAGGUCAUAUCAAGGUGAGGAUUAUGGUGGAAUGAUAGGACCUAGACUGCCGUCAUCAUUAGUCAUAGCAAAGCGCUUAAAAAAGAAAAAGAUUUGUGCUUAGUGCAAAUCUUGUUAUUUGAGAGAUAUUCAUUGACAGAUCCAGGAUUCUGCAUAGAAUACAUGUACACAAAUGACGACACUCUCCUAUAAUAAUAAUAUACACUCGCCAAAAAAAUUCAGAAACAUGAC